AUGCCCUCGGAGCGCCGCACACCCUCGGAAAGCUCCAACCGGUCGGGACACAGCUCCAGCUCCCGUAGGGAGCGCGCCAGCGACUCCAUGGGCCCAGAUGGCGGCGAGGCAGGCCGCAGGAUCGCGGCAGAGGACGAGUACAUCCGCCGCGAGCUCAGCGAGACCACCGCCUUCUGCAAUGCCUUCUGGGGCUCCAACGAUGCUGGCUACGAAGUCAUACAGGCGCGCAUGAAGGGCGCACAGCGCACCUUGGAGGACCUGCGCGCCGUCUACAAGGAGCGCGCCGAUAUCGAGGCCGACUACUCGAAGCGACUGGCAAAGCUCUCCAAGCAGGCGCUCGGCAGAGACGAGACCGGAGCGCUCCGCGCCGCCCUCGACACCGUGAGGGCCGAGCUCGACGCCACGUCGCGCACCCACCUCGACCUCGCCAACAUGGUGCGCAAGGACCUCGAGGGCAACGUCCACGACUUCCUCGGCCGCUCCCUCAACGCCCGCAAGGCGUCCCAGGCCAGCAUCGACAAGCUGCACAAGAACAAGCAGACCCAGGAGCAGUACGUCCACAAGUCCCGCGAGAGGUACGAGCAGGACUGCAUCAAAAUCAACGGCUACACGGCGCAGAGCAGCCUGGUGCAGGGCAGGGACCUCGACAAGGUGGCCUACAAGCUCGACAAGGCGCAGGCCACCGUGGCCCAGAACGACAAGGAUUACCAGAACUUCGUGCGCGCCCUCAAGGACACCACCAUCAAGUGGAAUGCCGAAUGGAAGGCCUAUCUCGACCAGUGCCAGGACCUCGAGGAGGAGCGCAUCGACUUCAUCAAGUCCAACCUUUGGAAUUAUGCCAACGCCGUCUCGGCCGUGUGCGUCGCCGACGACGAGUCCUGCGAACGGGUCCGUGUCUCGCUCGAGACGGUCGAGACGCCUCGCGACAUCCAGUUCUACAUCCAGCACUGCGGCACCGGCUCCCUCAUCCCGGCACCGCCCGAGUACAUCAACUAUGCAAAGGGUCAGCCGCCGCCCGCGCGGCCCUCGUUCCACACGGCCAAGUUCCAGCGCAACACGACCCGGCCCGUUCAGCUGCCGAUCUCGUCUCCCGCCCAAGCCCCAGCCCCAGCUCCAGCGCCCGCACCCGCGCCCGCGCCCGCACAGGCUCCAGCCCCAGCCCAUGCGCCUGCUUCCGCGGCUGUAGAGCACACGAUGCACAGCCUGUCUCCUUCGACCAAGCCGACUCCCGCCCCUCCCGCCGACGGCGAUGCCAACGGCGGCUACGGCAGUCAGCCUGCUGCGGUGGUACACCAACAGAAUGGUAAUCAGAACGGCCAUGCGCCUGGCUCACCAUAUCGGCCACCGCCGGGCUCUGUUGCUCUUCCCGGAAUGAGCGCUGCUGGACAUGGUCAUCCCGCGCCUCCCUCGGAGGCGGGUGCGUCCGGCCCGGGAAAGAACUCAGAGAUGCGAUCGUCGCCCUCGCACGAGAGGCGCAUGUCAGCCCGCAACUUCCUCGCGCGAACGUCGUCGCUGUCGCAGUCGUCCCGCACUCAGCCGCCACCCAAGCCCCUGGGCGAUGCCGCGCAGGCUCCAGUGGCAGGCGGCGCGUCGGCGCAGUCAUCGAGCAAGCCCAGCAUCCCGGCCAGCGAGUCUGCCGGCUCGGGUGUGGGCGACGACGAGGACCCGAUCGCCAAGGCGCUCGCUAGCCUGAGAAUGCGGCCUGGUGGAAGGAGUCCGGGCCCUCAGAGCCCUAACCCGCACGCCGCGAGGCAUUCGGGCUCCUACCACCCUCCGCCGCCGCCGCAGCAGCAGCAGCAGCAACAUCAGGCUGCUACGCCCCAGCCCGGCCAGCACUACAACGUCGGACAGCCGCAGUACCAGCCUCAGCAGCCAUCGCAGCCUCCGAUCCAGCGCGCCCCGUCGCCCUCAGUGUCGCAGGGCUUCCCGCAGCGGGCCCGCUCGCCUUCGGCGGCCUUUAUGCAGGCGCCGGCCCGCGCUGCAUCGCCGCUCCCGGUCGAAGACGUUGUUGGCCAGUACGGCCAGUCGUUCCCCGGCGAGCGAAAGUCGCUGUCCAGGCAGAACUCGACCGCAUCCCGCAUGAGCAUGCGACCCUCGCCUAGUGCUCCGCAGAGCCAUCCCAAAAGCCCCGUUAAGGCCGAGCAAGGCUUUGCCGGCGUGGGCGCGCGUGGCCGGAGCCCGAGCCCCCAGCCCUAUGCUCGUCAACAGCAGCAGCAGCAGCCGCAGCAUCCAGCUGCCGAAGACCCUCGUCGCAAGACGACUGCUCCGCCGCCACGCAGCACCACGCCGCUUGGCAUCUCGCUCGACGCCACCGGCUCAGUCACUCACGACCAGAUGGCCGAAGAGUUCAUCCGCCGUUCCGGCAGCGUGCCUCCGGUCCAGGCUCCUUCGAGCCAGAUGCAGCAGCCCCAGAGGCCGCCAUCGGCAGCGGGCGGCGGCGGCAUCGCGCAGUCUGGCUACCACCAGUCGCAGCCCUCGAUGCACCAGCAGCCAUACGCUGGCGGCGUGCCGCCCCAGCGCGCGCCGUCGGUACAGGGACAGUACCCGCCGUACGCCGGCUCGGUCCCCUCGACGCACCAGUCGUACGCCUCGCAGUCGGUGCAGCCGCCAACGGUUCAUCCAUCGCAGCAGGGCUCCUACUAUGGUCAGCCUGGUGCACCGCAGCAUCACCAGGCCCCCACCGACCCUCGCACUUAUGGCGGCGGUCAUGCCAGUCCUGCGCCGUACGCGCAGCAGGCCCACGGACACCAUCCCGCCGCCAGCCAGAGCCUGCCGGCGCACCUCGCGCAGCCGCAGUACGGGGCCAACCCUCACGCCGGCAUGGCGAGUCCGGCACCUUCGAUGGUGCAGCCGCCCCACCAGCAGCAGCCAUCUGCCUACUACGGCCAGCAGCCUCCCGUACAGCAGCAGCCGCAGCAGCCGCCACCGCCGCAGCAGCAGCAGGAGACCCCUGCCGCCGCCUACAUGCACCAAUAUCAGCAGCAGCAUGGCCUUCCCGUCGGAUCGCCGGCGCCCAGCGGGCACGUGCAGCAGCCGACCAAUGCCAGCGUGUACCAGCAGCAACCGCCGCCACCGCAGCAGCAGCAGCAGUCGCAGCACCUGCAGCAGCAGUCGACGUGGAGCGUCGCGGGCGCCGGCAACAUGAGGUCCCAGAGUCCUGCGCCCAUGCAAUUGCAGCAGCAGCCUCCCCACCAAGCGGCGCAGUACGCUCCUCCGGCGCAGCAGCAGCAACACCACCAGCAGCAGCCUCACCAGCAAGCCGUGCAGCCGGCACAGCUGCAGCAGCAGCCUCCUGCCGGACAGAGUGGAGGACCUGCCAUGCCGGGCCAGCUGCAGGGGCAGCCGCACCCGCCGACUGGACAGUUCAGCGACAGCGGGCGACCCAUCCUCUUCUACGUGAAAGCGCUGUACGACUACACGGCGACGAUGGAGGAGGAGUUUUCCUUUACGGCGGGCGACAUUAUCGCAGUGACGCACACCGAGGCCGACGGGUGGUGGCAGGGCGAGCUGCUCGACGAGGCGAGACGGAGGCCGGGCGCCAACACGUUCCCGAGCAACUUUGUGCAGCUGCUCAUGUAG